CGUCGUGGUGCCGGGUUCAUCGCGGAUAUUUGUGUGAUAGAGUAUUCAGUGUUGGGCGUCUGGGCGUUUGGAAGUGGCACAUAUUGCUUUAUUUUGGGGCUGCCACCAUGUCUGACUCCAUCCCGCGCGCCUUCGACCGGGCCGAGAUAGUCAGCCUGAUCGUGCGCACCGCCGUCGCGUCGGCCAUCACCUACCUCGGCGUCAAGUGGGCCGUGGACAUGAUGGACCCGACCAGGAGGCGCCGCCAGGAGGAUAAGAAAAGGGCGGAGCGCCUGCUGAAGCGUCUGGGGGUGGACAAGAGCGUGCAGCUGACCGACUACGAGAUGUCCAUCGCCUGUCAGCUGGUGGAGCCCAUCUCCAUCCAGGUGUCGUGGGAUAGCAUCGCGGGGCUGGACCACGUGAUCCAGGAGCUGCAGGAGACGGUGAUCCUGCCGAUCCAGAACCGGGAGCUGUUCUCGGGCAGCGCCCUGAUCCAGCCACCCAAGGGCGUGCUGCUGCACGGCCCGCCCGGCUGCGGCAAGACCAUGCUGGCCAAGGCGACGGCGAGGGAGGCGUGCUGCAGGUUCAUCAACUUGGAGAUCUCCAGCCUCACGGACAAGUGGUACGGCGAGUCCCAGAAGCUCUGCGCCGCCGUCUUCUCGCUGGCCGUCAAGCUGGAGCCCUGCAUCAUCUUCAUAGAUGAGAUUGACUCGUUCCUGCGCUCGCGCGCCACGCACGACCACGAGGCGACGGCGAUGAUGAAGGCCAUGUUCAUGUCGCUGUGGGACGGCCUGAUCUCGGACCCGGCGCGAUGCGUGCUCGUGAUGGGCGCCACCAACCGGCCGCAGGACGUGGAUCGCGCCAUUCUGCGCCGCAUGCCGGCCGCGUUCCACGUCGGCCUGCCGACUCUGGAGCAGCGCAAGUCCAUCCUGAAGCUGGUGAUGCGGGGUGAGAAGGUGUCGGAGGACAUCGACUACAACCGCCUGUCCACCCUCACCGACGGCUUCACCGGCUCUGACAUCAGGGAGCUGUGCAGGACGGCGGCCAUCUACCCCGUCAGGGACUUCAUGAGUGGGCGUUCUUCGAACAGCCUGAUGAACGGCGCAUCGCGGGCGGACGUGUUCUCGGACGCCUCGGACUCGGUCGGCCCGCCGGGGACGGCGCCGCCGCGCGCGGCGCGCAUGGACCUCGAGGAGGUCUCCGCCGCCGUGGCGCCGGCCGCCCAGCUGCGCCCGAUCGGGCAGGCCGACUUCGACCGCGCCAUCCGCAAGAUGAAGGAGUCCAAGUCACACACGGGCGGCCUGCGCUCCGUCGACGACAUGCUCGACUAGUGGCCAGCGCCGGCGCGACGCCGGCGUGGUGUCGGCCCGACACCUGCCUGACGCUGCCGCGCCUGUCCGCGGCCCAUCUGGUGGCCGGCUCCGGUCGGUGGUCCCAGCGGUGGUCCCGGCGGUGGUCCCGGCGGCGGUGCGGAGGGUCUGUGGCGGCUGGUACCGUGGCUGCCGUGUUGUUCACGGUUUGGCCGCGGAGCCGCCAGGGGUCGGAAUGGUGUUGGCCCGCUGGCUUGGGCCGGCGGCAUCAGUGGUGACGCCGCCCCGGCACCAGUGGUGUCGCCGUGGGAGGAUGGACGCCGACCCUGCCGAUG